AGUCUGGCAUGCUUCACGAAUCAGCAGAUGAUCUGUUUCAUUUCAAUGUUGGGGGUUGGCAUUUCUCAGUUCCCAGAAGCAAACUUGCUCAGUUUCCAGACUCCCUUCUGUGGAAAGAAGCAUCAUCGUUGACUUCUUCAGAAAACCAGCGAUUAUUCAUUGACAGAGAUGGUUCUACAUUUAGGCAUGUGCAUUAUUACCUUUACACCUCCAAACUCUCCUUCUCCAGUUGUGCAGAACUGAAUUUGCUCUAUGAACAAGCACUGGGUUUACAAUUGGUGCCCUUGCUGCAGACUCUGGACAAUCUGAAGGAAGGGAAACACCACCUGCGCGUGCGGCCUGCAGACAUACCUGUGGCUGAGAGGGCAUCUCUAAACUACUGGAGGACAUGGAGGUGCAUCAGCAAACCUUCUGAAUUCCCCAUAAAGAGCCCGGCCUUCACUGGCAUGCAUGACAAGGCACCACUUGGGCUCAUGGAUACACCGUUGUUGGACACUGAAGAGGAAGUGCACUAUUGCUUUCUACCCCUGGACCUAGUGGCAAAGUAUCCAAGCCUGGUGACAGAAGACAAUUUGCUUUGGCUGGCAGAGAGAGUGGCCCUGAUUGAAUGUGAAUGCAGCGAGUUCCGCUUCAUUGUGAAUUUUCUACGCUCACAGAAGAUUUUUCUGCCAGAUAAUUUCUCCAAUAUAGAUGUGUUGGAAGCCGAAGUGGAAAUCCUGGAAAUUCCUGAGCUCACUGAAGCUGUAAGGGUGUGCCGGAUGAAUAUGGGUGGCUGUUCCAGAGCCUCAUGUCCACCGCCAAGUCCCGGGAAGGGGGGCCGAGCUACAGGCCUGGAGUCUGUGAGGCCGCUGUACAUGAUGGCACUGGGGCUGCUAGUCAAGUACCCUGACUCAGCGCUGGGGCAGCUCCGCAUUGAGAGCACGCUGGACAGAAGCCGGUUGUACAUCACGGGAAAUGGGGUCCUCUUCCAGCAUGUCAAGAACUGGCUGGGCACAUGUCGGCUGCCCCUGACUGAAACUAUCUCUGAAGUAUACGAGCUUUGUGCCUUUCUGGACAAGAGGGACAUCACCUAUGAGCCCAUGAAAGUGGCUCUGAAGACUCACCUGGAGCCCCAAACACUGCCACCCAUGGACGUGCUCAAUGAGGAGUGGAACGCAGAAAUCACUGUGUAUUCCCCGCAACAGAUCGUCAAAGUUUAUGUUGGGAACCACUGGUAUGCCACCACCCUGCAGACACUGCUGAAGUAUCCAGAACUGCUGUCUAACCCUCAGCGAGUGUACUGGAUCAUGUAUGGACAGACCCUGCUCAUCCAUGGCGAUGGCCAAAUGUUCCGGCACGUGCUCAACUUCCUGAGGCUUGGGAAGUUGUUCCUGCCAUCAGAAUUUAAGGAAUGGCCACUUUUCUGCCAGGAGGUGGAGGACUACCACAUUCCAUCCCUCUCUGAAGCCCUCAUCCAGUGUGAGGCAUACAAGGCAUGGACUCAGGAGAAAGACUUAGAAAGUGAAGAAGCUUUUCCCAUGCAGAGGCUGCACGUGGUGACAGAAGGGCCAGGGUCGCUGGUGGAAUUCAGCAGAGACACUAAGGAGACCACAACCUGCAUCCCUGUGGACUUCCCAGAGCGCAAUGACAGGACUCCAUGGAAUAAGGCCAAAGGGAACUUGAGCCGGACCAGUCAGAUGGAGGAGGCUGAGCAGUAUCCCCGGAAGAUCCCCAUGUCUCUGUACCGAGGCGCCAAGAGGGCUGGCAAUCCCAGCACAUACACCCACUUUCCAGGCUUCUGUGCCAACCCCCGGCAUUGGGGUACUCACCCAGAGAGUCCCCCCAAGAAGAAAUGUAUCAGUGUCAACCUCACCCAGAAAUCUGAAAGCAAGGAACCUCCUGUUACCCCCAUGCAAAAACUCAUCUCCCUGGUAAGGGAGUGGGACAUGGUCAACUGCAAACAGUGGGAGUUCCAGCCACUGUCAGCAGCCCGAAACAGCCCCGCCGAGGAGGCCUCCCUGCAGCUACCCCCAGUAAGUGAGGCUCUUUCCCAGCCCAGCAGCUCUGCUUCCUGGAAAGGCCAUUCCAUGGCCUCAGAGAAGGAGAUUGGAGCACAGGCAGUAACUGGUGUCAAAGACAAGGGGCCCGAGCCAACCUUCAAGCCCUACUUCCCCAUGAAAAGAGCUGUGGCACUGAAGGACUGGGCCAAGCAGCGGCCCAAGGAGAGAGAAAUUCCUGCCCCUGAGCAGCCUCUGCCAGAAGUGAGUGAGGCAGACAGUGCAGGGGUCAUCCUCAAAGUGACCCACCCACCCGUGGUGGGCAGCGAUGGCUCCUGCAUGUUCUUUGAAGACAGCAUCAUCUACACCACGCAGAUAGAUAGCCUCAGGCACAUGCUGCCCUCUGCCAGCCCCUCACCCCGAGAGGUGACUUUCCUGAGUUUCUCCCUGUCCUGGGAAGAGAUGUUUUAUGCACAGAAAUGCCACUGCUUCCUGACUGACAUCAUCCUGGAUUCCAUCAGGCAAAAGGACCCCAAGGCCAUCACAGCCAAAGUGGUCUCCCUGGCCAAUCGGCUGUGGACACUGAACAUCAGCACCAAGCAAUUUGUAGUGGACUUGCUGGCCACCGCAGGCUUCAAAGAUGACCGACACACACAGGAGCACCUGUACAGCUGGGUGGAGCUCACGCUGCCUUUCGCCAGGAAAUAUGGCCGCUGUGUGGACCUGCUCAUCCAGAGGGGCCUGUCUAGGUCUGUCUCCUACUCCAUCCUGGGCAAGUACUUACAAGAAGGAUAG